AUGACUGAGUUAUCUUUCUCAGACACUUCCACCAAGAAGAAUGAGUUAUCUAGUAACCUCUUCUCCAUCUUCUUCAACGUUUGUUUCUCCAUUUUUUCUCACCCUUUGUACUUCUCCUACUUCAUCUUCUUCUCCCCUUACCUCUUCAGGCUCCUCUCUUUCCUCUCCCCUUUGUUCAUCACCACAACCCUUCUCCUUGUGGCCCUUCUCACUUUCACUCCCGACAGCCUUGUUCAGGAGAAGUGUGGUUCUGAGCCUUCUGAGUCCAAGUGGGGCAUUCUUCUCUCUGUCUUGCAAUAUUUUCUAGCAUGGCUGCACUCCAAAGCUGAUGAAAUGGAUGAGGAAAUGGGGUUGCUAGGUGAGGUUGAAGCAUAUCUUGUCAUGUUCCAAGCAUCAAUCUUUGAAGUGUUUGAGCCUAAGUCGGUGGAAGAAUGUUCAGAAGGCUUUGAAGCAGUUGAUUUAGAGUGCUUUGUUGAAGGAAGAGAAGAUUCAUGUCCAAUGGAAGAUCCCAAGCCUGGUGCCAAAUUGGAUGAAAACUUUCUUUCACAGCCAAAGUUCAAGUUUCCAUUGGAAGAUUUGCCUGUUUUUAGUGCGCGGCAGAGUUUUGAACAAGAUUGUCCCCAAAGGAAGAUACAUGUGGAGAAUCAAACAAACUUGGAUGAAAACCCAAUUGAGAAGUUUAAUAAAGUGGAAGCCACUAUUCCAAUUGUAGAAGUCAAGAGCCUAGAAAGCUUGUUCCAAGAAAACGAAGGGUUGGAAGAUUUGUCUAGUGAAAAGGAGCACAAAGAAGUGAAGCCACUGAAUGCUGAGUUCAAUAAAGUUGAAGAAAGUAAAGAGAAAUUGCCCUUGAGAAGUGGAUCCAAAGUGAUGGGCAAUAGAGACAUAUACACCAAUAAAGUGAGUCCUAUGAGUGAUGGGGAGUUUGCUUUUGCUGCAUCAGGGAGGGUGAAGUCCUUAUCCCAAAGACUAGAAUCAAAUAUUGGCAGUCCUGAAAGCAACUGGGUGUACGGUGGAAAAGGCAUGGGGAAUAGUCAAGCACUUGGUUCCAAUCAUGGUAGUUUUGGUUCAAUGAGAGUGGAGAAAGAGUGGAGGAGGACCUUGGCUUGCAAGCUUUUUGAGGAAAGGCACAAUGCAGAUGGGAGUGAAGGAAUGGACAUGCUUUGGGAGACUUAUGAGACAGAGUCCAACAAAGUUCUGAAGAAGAGCAACACCAAGAAAGGGAAGAAAGGUGAGGUUGAGAAUAGUGAGGAUGGGGAAGAAGAAGAAGAGGAGAUGGAGGGCAAGUUGUGCUGCUUACAGGCUCUGAAAUUCUCAACAGGGAAGAUGAAUUUAGGAAUGGGGAGGCCUAACCUUCUCAAAUUCUCCAAAGCCCUCAAAGGCAUUGGAUGGUUGCACCAUGUUGGCAACAAGCAUGGCAGAAAAAAUAACACACUGAAGGAAGUGAGAAAAUCUGCCAUGAAAACUCAGUUUGAAGCAACCUUGGCAAUCUUAUUGUAUGCUUCAGCAUUUGCAGUGUUAAAAGAAACAUAUCAUUAUGACAUGCAUGCUUUUGCCAAUAAUGGUUUGAGGAGUGAGGACCCUGCAGUUCUCGAAGAAGGUUCUGAGGGUGGUGUUGCACAUGGAUUUGAGUCCAUAAGGAGAUCCAUUCUAGCUCUGAAAACAGAUCCUCUCAAGCCUCGUCUGGACCAGAUUCGUAAGCAAGCUGAUGAUCAUCGCUCUUUGGCUCUUGUGUAUGCUUCCUAUGCACGCAAGCUCAAGCUCGAGAGCUCAAAGCUUGUUAGGAUUUUCGCAGAGCUAUCGGUAAACUUUUCCGAUCUGAUGAAAAAACCUCAAUACAGGACCCUUUUCAGCAGUGGUGCAUCCCCUGUAGAUGAAUCAGUGCUUCGCCAAUUGGAGAAGGAAGUGAAGGAGCGCAUUAAGACCACACGCCAGGUGAUCAGCGAUGCCAAGGAAUCCUUUGAUAACCAGCUCAAGAUUCAGAAGUUGAAGGAUACAAUUUUCUCAGUGAAUGAGCAGCUAACCAAGGCAAAGAAGCAGGGUGCUUUCUCGAGCCUCAUUGCUGCCAAGUCGAUUCCAAAGAGUUUGCAUUGUCUCUCCAUGAGGUUGAUGGAAGAGAGGAUUGCUCAUCCUGAGAAGUACACAACUGAAGGGAAACCUACCCCUCCAGAAUUUGAAGAUCCUAACCUGUACCACUAUGCCUUAUUUUCUGAUAAUGUUGUUGCAGCAUCUGUUGUGGUAAAUUCAGCAACAAAGAAUGCAAAGGAGCCAUGGAAGCAUGUGUUUCAUGUUGUGACUGAUAAGAUGAACCUUGGAGCAAUGCAAGUGAUGUUUAAGUUGAAGGAUUAUAAUGGCGCACACAUUGAGGUCAAGGCAGUGGAGGAUUACAAGUUCUUGAACUCUUCUUAUGUGCCGGUCCUUAAACAAUUGGAGUCUGCUAAUCUCCAGAGAUUUUACUUUGAGAACAAGCUUGAGAAUGCUACAAAAGACACCAAUAAUAUGAAGUUUAGGAAUCCCAAAUAUUUGUCCAUAUUGAACCAUUUGAGGUUCUACUUGCCAGAAAUGUACCCAAAGCUGCAUAAAAUUUUGUUUUUGGAUGAUGACAUAGUGGUUCAGAAGGAUCUUACUGGGUUAUGGAAGAUCGAUAUGGAUGGCAAGGUUAAUGGAGCUGUAGAAACAUGUUUUGGGUCAUUCCAUAGAUAUGCACAGUACAUGAACUUCUCGCACCCCUUGAUCAAAGCAAAAUUUAGUCCAAAGGCUUGUGCAUGGGCUUAUGGAAUGAAUUUCUUUGAUUUAGAUGCUUGGAGAAGGGAAAAAUGCACGGAAGAAUAUCACUACUGGCAGAAUCUGAAUGAGAACCGAACACUCUGGAAAUUAGGGACAUUGCCACCAGGUCUGAUCACAUAUUACUCAACAACUAAACCACUGGAUAAGUCAUGGCAUGUUCUGGGACUUGGCUAUAAUCCAAGCAUCAGCAUGGAUGAGAUUAACAAUGCAGCAGUGGUGCACUUCAAUGGCAACAUGAAACCAUGGCUUGACAUUGCAAUGGCCCAAUUCAAGCCUCUUUGGACAAAGUAUGUUGACUAUGAAUUAGAUUUCGUCCAGGCAUGCAAUUUUGGUAUCUGA